CUGGGAGGGCUGGCUAAGAAAUCAAGGAUGAAGCUCCUUUUUGUAGCUGCCUUUGCACUUUUUGUGCUCUCUACAUUUGACCAGGCUGACUCUUCAGCUUAUGACAAAAUAGUCGCCCACAGUCGCAUUAGGGCAAGAAAAGAAGGACCCAAUGUCUGUGCACUCCAGCAAGUCAUGGGGACCAAGAAGAAGUACUUUAGCACUUGUCGUAAUUGGUACCGAGGGUCCAUCUGUGGAAAGAAAGCGACUGUGCUUUAUGAGUGUUGCCCAGGUUACAUGAAGAUGGAGGGCAUGCGUGGUUGCCCUGCAGUGGCCCCUAUUGACCAUGUGUAUGGCACCUUGGGUCUGGUGAAAGCCUCCUCAACCCAAAGAUACUCUGAUAUUUCUAAGCUCAGGCCCGAGAUUGAGGGAUCUGGAUCCUUUACCUUCUUUGCCCCCAGCAAUGAGGCCUGGGAGAAUUUGGAUGAGACAGUGAGGAGUGCACUGGUCAGCAAUGUCAACAUUGAACUAUACAAUGCUCUGCAUUAUCAUAUGGCCGACAAACGCCUCUUGACCAAAGAUUUGAAGAAUGGAAUGACUGUCACUUCCAUGUACAAUGACCUCGGCUUCUAUAUUAACCAUUACUCCAAUGGGGUGGUGACUGUGAACUGUGCCAGGAUUAUCUAUGGCAACCAGGUUGCCACCAAUGGAGUUGUGCAUGUCAUUGAUCGUGUCAUCAGUGCUGUUGGAAACACCAUUCAGGAUGUCAUUGAGGUUGAUGAUGAACUGACAACUCUGUCUGAUAUAGCUCAAACUGCUGGGCUGUUGGAGAAGUUGGGUCAGCCAGGACAUUACACUCUCUUUGCCCCCACCAAUGAAGCCUUUGAUAAGCUGGACAGCGAUCUGUUGGAGAGACUUCAGAGCGACAAGACGGCCCUCAAAGCUCUUCUGAAUUUCCACCUACUGGACUCAGUCCAGUGCUCUGAGGCUAUAAUAGCUGGCAGCUCUUAUGAGACCCUCGAGGGCCACAAUAUUGAGAUUGGCUGUGAUGGCGAAAGUUUAACUGUCAAUGGCAUCAAGAUGGUGAGCAAGAAGGACAUUUUCACCACCAAUGGUGUCAUCCACUUAAUUGACCAAGUGCUGAUGCCAGACUCAGCUAAGCAGGUGAUGGAACUGGUGGGAAGUUCCCAGUCAACCUUUGGUGACUUGGUGUCCGAACUGGGCCUUGCUUCAGCCAUGAGAGCAGAGGCUGAGUACACUUUGCUGGCUCCCUUCAACACUGCCUUCAAUGAUGAAGUGAUGUCCAUGGAUCAAAGCUUGCUCAGGAUUAUCCUGGAGAACCACGUCUUGAAGAAAAAGCUUGUCCUGGGACAGCUGUACAAUGGCCAGCGACUGGAGACCAUUGGAGGAAAAUUUCUGCGGGUCUUCAUCUAUCGCACAGCCGUGUGCAUUGAGAAUUCCUGUCUGUUAAGAGGCAGUAAAGAAGGAAGCAACGGGGCCCUUCAUCCCAUAUUGACUCUGUUGAAACCAGCGGAAAAAUCUAUGUUUGAGAUUCUGACAGAAAAUGGAGGGUUCAAGAUCUUUUUGUCUCUGAUGAAAGCUGCUGGCUUGACUGACCUGCUGAAACAGGAGGGAAACUUUACUCUGUUUGCCCCAAGCGAUAAGGCAUUCUCUGGUUUGAGUGACAGUGAUUUGGCCUUGUUGAAGAGUGACAUAAAUGCUCUCAGAACCAUCCUUCUGUAUCACAUUAAUGAGGGUAUCUUCCUUGGUGGUGGUUUGGAGGGUGGUGUAACAAACCUUCUCAAGUCUCUCCAGGGCAGUAACCUCAAAGUGGUGUCUGCAAACAACACUGUGCAAGUGAACUCUGUCCAAGUCCCCGAAUCUGAUAUCAUGGCCACAAAUGGAGUAAUUUUCUUCAUCAACCAACUCUUAUAUCCUGGAGAUAUCCCAGUUGGAAGUCAGGAUCUCCUCAUGCUUUUAAGGAGGCUCAUCUCUUACAUGCAAAUCAAGUACAUUUCCGGAUUCCAAUAUCAGGAAAUUCCCCUUACAUUUCUGAAGAGGAUCAUCAUUCGCCAGCAAGUCAUUGAAAAGCCCUCCGAUUCCUCCAUCACCAAAGUUACCAGGGUCAUUGGAGGUCAGCCCUCCAAGGUGACAAGGGUUAUUCAAGGUCAACCCUCUGUCACCAAGGUGACAAGGGUCAUCGAAGGUGAUCCCUCCUUCACCAAGGUGACAAGGGUCAUUGAGGGUGACCCCUCCAUUACCAAAGUCACCAGGGUUGUCUCAGGUCCUCAGUACUCAGUCAGCACGGGCACCACCAACAUCGGCCUGGAAGAAGGUGAUCUUUCAGAAAUUUCCACCAUCCAAAUUAACCCUGAUUUUGACAGUGAAACACUUACCAAAGCCAUCCAAGAAGGUAGUUCAAGAAGACCCCCCAACCGAAGAGUUUUAGCAGGUGGUAACAGGAGGAGGGGAAGGGACUGAGCGUGGCCGGAUGAGAAUAUCAGCAUUGUAAAGGCAGAGAAAUCAAACCCAGAGGCUGAGGCUGGUGUUUCAAUGCAGGGGAUACACUUAUUAAGUCAGUGAUUUCAAAUAUACUGUAACAGGUAUAACUGACAAAAACGAAACUAUUCUCAUAAACAAUUUAAUGGUGCUUUGAAUGUAUAUCUACUAUGAGUGUGCAAUGUCUGAAAAGAGUCUUUUUGGUUCAGUAUAUGUAAACAGUUUGCAAAUGAACAUUUUGGCAUGACUUUAAAGACACAUAACAAGUCAGAGUAGCUAUAAAAUCUUUUCAAUCCAAGCCAUUAGGGUAGCAAUGUGAACAGUUAAAUUCUAAACUUCUCUAAGACUCUGCUAGAGGUGAAAGUGAAAGCAUGGAGAUUUUACAAGCUGUUUGGGAAGAUUUAUAAAUCUCAGCAUGAUAAAGAUUGAAAAUAAAAUUUCUGAUGUGUUUUCAGACUUUGUUACAUUAUUUUAAUUUCUCUUGCUAUAAGUUGUUUAAGGUUUCAUAUAAUUUUUUUCUGAGCUUGUAUCAUUGGGGAUGUUGUAUCUAAUGGCAGGUUUCUCCUUUCUCUUUUCCAAAAGUCAUCCAAUAAAGUGCUUUCUUUGAUAUAAACAUGCCAAUUUGAAAAGGGCAUCAAGA